GUAACGCAACCUCGCCGACAGUCUGGUGUUAUGACUGGAGGGUUUGUGUGGGUUUAAACCCAAAAAACAAACUACAAAUGGGUUUUGUUGCCUAGUAUUUGCCUCACCAAUUAACAUCAAGCAUCUGCUAUUCUGAUUUCCAUCUCUGCGAUCUGAAAAUCGUCAGACUCAGAAUAUUAACGUGUGCAUUCGUAGUAUGAAGACCAUCCAUCAAAGAAUAUCAAGGCAAAUUUCCUCGUUCACCACUAGGUUGUUGUGAUAGAGAGGGUUAACAUCUUUUACACAGUUAACACAUAACUGUCCUCGAAAAUGGCAGCAAUUCCAUCCAGUGGCUCUCUUGUUGCUACCCAUGACUACUACCGAAGGCGCAUAGGGUCCACUUCCAGCAACAGUUCCUGCGGCAGUUCGGAUUAUACUGGGGAAGCUAUUCCACACCACCCAGGCCUACCCAGACAAGACUCAGGCCACUGGUGGGCCAGUUUUUUCUUUGGGAAGCAGAGCACACCUAAUGGACAUGAAACCCAGCCCAAGGCUGGGACAUACACUGUAACUAAUGGCCAAGUGACUUGCAUUGCCAAGGAAAUGGUGCAGAAGAGAACGCUGAGUGAAGGCAGUGAGCAUAUACAUCCUGAGCCCAGCACUCCCCCUGCCUCAUAAACGCACAAUCCAUACAGCCACCAAUUUUAAAACCACCUUCUUUCACCACACCAGAUCCACGGGUAGACGCACCAUCUUCUUUUGACUUGUUAGUGGAAAUAGACUGCUUUUUAUGUUUCUCAGGCUGUUUUUUUUUACAGAUGACCAAAAAAAAGUUUCAUUAAAAAAAAAAAAACUUUGACCACUUUGUUAUUAUGUGCCCUUUGAAUAAAUGACUGCAGCAUGUGGCUCCA